GGUCUGCAGAUCCUCCUCCGUCCUUCCAGCCUCUUCCGGUGCCGCUUCCAGCCUCCGCUCCUCCCAGAGGUCCGCUCCUCCUUCCUCCACGGUACCGGAGCUCAGCUGGGCUCCAACCGGACCUCGGUGGUCCGCUGCGGGCGGCAGAAGUAUGAGCGGCAGUACCCGGUGCUCCUGGUUCAGCCCGACGGCUCCACGGUCAGCAUCCGGUACCCCGCGCCCCGAAGGAUCCUGCUGAUGCCGGCGGACCUGUCGUCUCUGUCGGAGGAGGAACGCCGCACUCGCCAGAAGAGGCGGGAAGUGAAGAGGACCAGAACCAAGACAGAAGAUGUUUAUGAAGACGACUUUAAGGUGGACAGCUACAGCCACCUGUGGAAGAGGAAGUGAUGUCAUCAGGCAGCGCCGCUGCCCCCUACUGACUGAAAGCAGCCAUUGCUUGGAGGCUGUCCAUCAUCCGGCUUCAUCCUCCCACCCCCUGGUUGCCUUUCUGGAUGCUGUAGAUCUAUGCUGCCUUCAGCUGAUGUAUAUCUGGUUGUCAUAGAUCUACGCUGCCCUCAGUGAUUCCCUCCAUGAACGGGCUUUUAGUGCAGAUCCUUAGAACCGCAGCAGCUUCCUAUAAACCCGCCUGAUGAUGGGAAUUAAUGCUGUAAACCUUUAAUGAACCAUUUGAUGAGUUAAAUCUGUAAAAUAAAAUCUGCAUUAAAGUUUUGGUUGAU